GAGCGAUCCGAACGACACCGAGCUUCCCCGGUCGUAGCAGAGAUGAGGUCCGUGACGUUUCUUGGAUUUUUCGUCGCGAUCGUGACGACGAUCGAGGCGACGGGCAAGUACCAGGGUUUGGAGUUCAUUGACUCCUGCUCCAAACGAGAUCCCGAGCUCGAGGCCUGUCUGGCGAGGGCGGCUAACGCGCUUGCCGAGCAAUUCCGACAUGGACUGCCACAGUUGGGCUAUCCGGAAGUCGAGCCUAUCAUCCUGGACGAGUUGCACAUCACGCUGGGCGGCGGACCCAACGGCUACAAGGCUCAGUUCAAGGACAUUACGGCGCGAGGAGUCUCGGCAGUGAGAGUCACUCAGCUGCGUAGCCGAAUCAGCGACGACGAGGUGCAACUGCAACUGACGCUCGGCAUUCCGAAGAUCCGCGCCGCUGCUCAGUACCGAUCGAGCGGCACGCUUAUCCUCGUGCAGGCCAGCGGCGCUGGAGAUUACUGGGGAGAGUACGAUGGAGUCAAGGCCAAGGUCUUCAUCAGAGCGAAACCGUACUUGGUUCAGGGCCAGCAGUUCCUUAGGCUGCAGCAGCUCAAGAUGGACUUUGCCGUAAGGAACAUCAAGAUGGGUGUCGAGAACGUCCACGACGGCAACACCAUUCUGCAGGCAGCAUUGAACCUUUUCAUCAACAGCAACGGCCAGGAGCUUUUGAAGGAAAUGAAACCGGAUCUGAGAAGAAAACUUGUUCAAUUGAUGUCGACCUUCGUGGAAAAAAUAUUCGCCCAAGUACCUUACGACGCUUUCGUCACCGACUGAGAGCGACGGUCUCGAUUGUUCCGCAUCGCACAUUGCCCCCUCGCCAGCAGCGAGCUUCCUUGUCAUCGCCGAUUUAUCGAAAUAAAGCCGAAGCGACGCAUCGCCGUGAUGCAUUGUCGAACUCUCACCCGCUGCUUUCCUAGAUCUUAAGCUCUCUGUACAUUGGUCGGCUAUCCAGCAUACUUUAAGACACUAUAGUAUUUUAAGCUGUAAUUUAUUGCUUCACUCUCUCUCUCUCUCUCUCUCUCAUCUCAACAUGGAUCGUAGCGUGCAACUACUCACCUGCCUUCUCGUAUACUAACGUAUCCGUUCAUCUUUACAACUUAACAAAUGUCCGUAGGUUCUAAGAGACACGCAAUUGUUCGCAAUAAAAUCGACAUUUAUCU